AUGUUUCUGACUGUAAUAGCGGAGGAAUAUGAUUUUGAAGAAAAGAUUCUGGAGAAAUUAGUUAGAAUGGAAUACCAGAUGGAAAGAAUGAAAAUUGAAGGUCUUGAAAGAGUUAAGAGCAUGGCAAAAUCUAAGACUGAGGUAGCCACUGCUCUAGAAACCUUGGACCAAAGUGUGGCUGAGAUUAAAAGCAAACUUGAAGAAAAGUCUGCCGCGUUUGAGCAGAAAAUGACAGACACUGUUGGAAAAAUGCUGAAAAGAGUUGAAGAUGUUGCAGAGUUGAACGAGGGUGACGCCUAUGACUCCAGAAGUGGUAAAUUCACCGCACCUGUUAAUGGAACAUACAUGUUUAAUGUUAUGUUUUGUUUGUCCUCUGGAAAGAAUUUGUAUAUUGAUAUCAUGGUGGAUGACACGAAGACAGCACCUGUAGUGUUCCGGAGUGCAGGUAGCUAUGCUUGCCACUCAGCUGUUACUGUAGAAGUCCUCACGGUUGGUCAGAGGGUUGGGAUCCAAGUGCUGUCUACCCAAACAGGCAACGUUAUUUCUCAAGAUUCUUACAGAUGGAACACAUUCUCUGGAACUCUGCUUCAUACAAAUUAA